GGCUGUGGACGGAGGAAAGAAGGGGUGCGCCUGCGCUCUGUCCCUUCCUCUCGUAUGAAUGUUUGUCUGCGUGCGCUUUUGCUUCGCAAAUCGGAAGCAGCAGGAGGUAUACCCCGGGGGGGGGGGGGCGGAGGAGAGGAGGGAAAGCUCCGCAUUUCAAUCCGGUGCAGCCGAAGAGAGUGGAUUGGAAGAGAGCAGCUGGACUGAGGAGCCGAGCCGGCCAUUCCACAUCAUCAGACAAAGGCUCUGCGCAGGCAAGGCCUUGGUUUAAGCCCCCACCCGCAGCCUGCCUUGCACCCUGGAUAAGGGCUGCACCUGGGUAUGGAAAAACACUCCUUGGGAGUAAGCCCCGCGGAGCUCAGUGGGGCUUGCGGUGCGGGGUUGAGCGUCCCCCGGCUGAGCGAACCCUUCGCCAUGACAUUCUUCCGAAAACUUACAGAUCUUUGCUCUGCUACUCUGUAGUGUAAAUACACAUCUGCUGUGGCUCUGGAUUGAUUGCCUCAUCCAUGUAGGGUAGAUGGCUUCAGUGGAGGCUGCUCAGAGGAGGACCAAAGCACAGGAGGAGAAGAUUGUCCAAAAGUGGAAGGAGCUUUGGAGGUUUCUGGAGGAGGAGGAGCAGCAGCAGCAGCAGCUCCUGGGGGGCUGCCUGGAAGAUGUAGCUGGAGACAUCAUCCAAAGAAGGGAGGAGAACCUUUCCAGAGUCUCUGCCAGGGUCUCCCUGCCCAGUGAGAGGAAGGGAGAGACAGGGCUGCAAGAGUCCAGCCCGUACCUGCAGGUUGUCUCUAGCUUCAGGAGUAAGGAAUAUGAUGCCUUUCCAAAGAGGGAAGAUGGUUUUCUGGAGUUGUGGCCAAGGCUCUACCAUUUCUUUGAGAGAAGGACCAUCCAGGAAGAGGUGCUGAGCAGCUUCAGAAAAUCCAGAACAACCACCCCUUCUUCCUCAGUAUUGUCUCAUUGUGAACAAUGUGGAAGAGAAACGGAUGCAUUAGAACUAGUUCAGGACCUAUUGAUGUUUGAGGACGUGGCUGUGGCUUUCUCAGAGGAGGAGUGGGCCCUUCUGAACACUGAUCAAAGAACUCUCCACAGAGAUGUCAUGCAAGAGAACUGUAGAAAUGCAGCCUCUCUGGAUUUGGAAGGCAAGUCGUGUAGAGCCAUCCUCCAUAUUCCAGGAGAUGCUGAGCAGGGCCAAGAAAACAAGGAGAGGAUUCUGCAGCCGGAGAAUUUUGAGCUGGUGGGACCAUAUUGGACAUUCCUGAGGGCGGCUGAAGAGGGCAUGCCCCAAUCACAUGGGAAGGAGAGAGCCCCUGAGACUCGGCUAGGAUCACAGAAGCCACAGGGAAAACAUUCUGUGGAGAGAGUGCAAAAAUGCACUAUUUUUGUGGGCAUAGCUAAGAAUGUGAUCCAUGUUAGUAUCGGACAGAAGCUUCCAAAGGUGUGCUCUGUGUGUGGGAAACGGUUCAACAGCCAAGCAAGUCUGACCCGGCAUCAGAGAAUCCAUACAGGAGAGAAACCACACAUUUGUGCGGAUUGUGGGAACAGCUUCAACAGGAGGUCCAGUCUUGUUACCCACCAGAGAAUCCACACCGGGGAGAAGCCAUAUAAAUGUGUGGCUUGCGGGAAAAGCUUCAGUUUGAGCUCAAAUCUUGCCAGGCACCAGAGAAUCCACAGUGGGGAGAAGCCAUACUGGUGUUCACUGUGAGAGGAGCUUCAGUCAGAAACCCUCCCUCAUCAUGCGUGAGAGAAGGCACAAGAGGGUGAAGCCACAUAAGUGUUUGUUUUGUGAAAAAAGCUACAGUCACAUUACAAGCCUAAUUGCCCAUGAGAAAAUCCACUUAAGAGGACUGUAAAAAACACGCGGAUUGCAGAACACAGUUCAGCUUCAGCUCGAGGGUUAUCUGUGGCAGGAUUUCCAUGGAAGAUAAGCUGUACAAAUGGUCGAUUUGUGAGAGACAGUUCAGCCAGCCCUUGAGCCUGAUUUGUACAUGAGAAGAUGUAUGGACUGUGAGAAAAACUUCCCCUCAAACUGGAUCUUGGUUAGAUGCAGCUGACCCACACCAAAGAGAUACAGUUUCUGUGUGUUGAUAGCAUGGAAAGCUUUGGUCUGAGCUAAGGUGGUCUUCAAAGAAUCCACACAGCGGAGAAACUGUGCACAGAUUGUGAGAAACAGAUCAACAUGAGUUUACAGUGCAUUGCACAAAAUACUUCUGGGGAGAAACACAGCAAUGUUCAGCAUUAGUGUGGUGUAGUGGUUAGAGUGCUGGACUAGGACCGGGAGACCCGAGUACAAAUCCCCAUUCAGCCAUGAUACUAGCUGGGUGACUCUGGGCCAGUCACUUCUCUCUCAGCCUAACCUACUUCACAGGGUUGUUGUGAGGAGAAACUUGAGUAUGUAGUAAACCGCUCUGGGCUCCUUGGAAAAAGAGCGGGAUAUAAGAUGAUGAUGAUGAUAACAUUAAAUCUGUAGAUCCUACAGCAAUACAAACUGAGAUCAGUGCUUUCAGGCAAAGCAGUCGGCCAACUACACUGGAGGCAGUUAAGGGCACAUUCCGUUGGGGAAAUCCUCCUGAACAAGACCCACCGAACUGAAUAGGGACUCUGCAAGACUGUGAUGUUGCACAACUGCCAUUUGCCUGUGCAGGAGAACUUCCUGGUGAAUAAUGCUCUAAAUCUUGAGGCUCCUUGUAAGUUGUCCUGGCAUAUUUGGAAAAGAUAAGCACCAUAUAUUUCAGUUCUGGCCCUAUUGUUAUAUAUCUAAUUUCCAGGAAGCCAUUACUGACAGAUGGAGAAAUCAGGAAAAACACUUUCUCCUUGGAGAAAUUAAGUUUUAUGACCUUUGAUUUAGAAAUAAUAAAGGUUUUAGAUUUAAACUGCAAAA